GAAAGAGGAAAGCGCAGUCUGGCGUAAGUGGAGCGAUGUCUCACCACACCUGCAUGGGCUGGAUCCAGCAGGGGCCCGCGGGUCGCGGUGGCUAGAGCAGCCCACUCUCUCGCCCCGUCUCCUUGCUCGUCGUUUCCACCAACAGGCUGGGCCAGUCUCUGCACCGACAACGCAAGAGCACCCUCAACGCAGAUUCAGAGGCAGUUCUAGAUAUGGAUGCAGACACCACUCACACGUGUGGUUCGUCCGAGGACUGUCGGUGGCAUGUCGUUGCGGCACUCCUUGGAGAUGGGGAUUGGAUGAGUAUUCUCGUGAAGGUCCAAUGUUUCGAAGCUCGAGUGCGUCAGGAUCCAGGACUAGGUGCAGCCAUUGCCCGACUUUUACCGCAGUCAUCGCGAGCACCUUUCCACCCUGACGGAAGCUUGCCCCACAGAGUGCAAGAACCUAUGCAGAGGUGCGAGCCUCCAAACCGCUCAGAACAGCCCAGUCAUGCGGGCAUCGGGCCUGGACAGGCCGCAGCAUCGCCUCCGGCUCGGCUGCCCCAGCCCACGUCCCAUAAUAUCGACCAGCCACCUGUAGCACGAAGACCUGUGCAGAGGUGCCGGUUGCCGAAACCUACUGGACAGCCCAGGCAUCAGGGCCUGGGAGCCGACCAGAUUGCAGCAUCAGGUCUGGUGUCACCUGUGACACGGCGGUCCCGAGUGACGUCUUCCGGACAGCCAAUACCACCUUCGGAAGUCCAAACAAUGGAUACUGACCAACAAACGAGGGCGCGCUCGUCUCGACAGGGAGAGAUUGCCAUGACCUCGGCAGAAUCUGCAACCUGCGGGGCUGGAGCCUCCCGACAAGGCAAUGACGGAGGAGCACCUCCAGCCAGGAAGCCCAGCGGGAACGCUCACAUCAAACUGGGAGAACGACUCGAGAAGUUACUCAGGGUUUGGAGCGAGAAGCCUGAGAAAUUCUUCAAGUUGGGAAUAAUCCCUGAUGAGAAUGACACCGAUGAGAAUGACACCGAUGGGAAUGAAGCCAGCGAGAACGAAACCGACGAGAACGAGAGUGCCUCCUCAACAUAUCUUUUCAUAACAGACAAGCUCAAUAGUCGACUCAGGAACGUCGCCAAGCUUAUCUGGCACCUUCAUCGAAUAGCGUUAAAGCGCGAUGGACGCAAAAUUCAAGAGCAGCUUCUUGCCAAGGCACUUCAUUUCCGGCCAGAAGACGUCAAGAAGCAGUGCGCGUCUCUAUGGGGAGAGGGCGAAAGUUUUCUUGGGAUAGUGGAAAACCUGGACACCAAUUACGCAGUGCUUCUCUGCUUGCCGGAAAAAAAUUCCCCAGACUUUUACAAGAAUCUGAGGGCCAAGAACCCGACGGCUCUAGAACGUCUCGUUCAGGAUAUGAAAUCAAGCGGAAUAGAGUCUGAGGUCGGCCGGCAUAAGAAGACGAUGGAGAAGAUCGUGAAUCAUGGUUUAUCCCUACUCGUGAACCAGAAUGUGGAUCUCGGGUUACAGAUAGGUAUGUGCAUGGCCGAGAGUACUCCAGCCGAUUCUAGAGAGAAACAUCGCAAGCGGACUCGGCUGCUUUCGUCUUCUGUCGCCGAUAGCGGAUCGAGCGCGAUGGACCAUGACAUCAUGGCGGCAUCGUCUGCUGUUAGUGUCAUUGGACACCCUACCGGACAAUCCUACAAGCGGGCACGCAUAGAGCCUCCUUUCACAGGUGCCACACCUUCACCGAUGGGUGGAGACGUACUCGACACUUCCGAAGCAGCCAAUGAAGCCCCGGCAAGUAGUUCAGCGAUCACGGAUCAUGUCGCGGACAUGAACGGUGCAGUGGCGCCACGACGGGGAGCAGGCCACAUCGAUCACUCGGCACAAGUAGACACACAGCUGCACAGCAAAACAUCGUCCAUCCCCACCCCAAUGGAUUCCUCCUCUGUGACAUCUGCUGAGGACACUAAUACUCCUUCGAGCUGUCAAACCGAUGGUGAAGCACGGAGCAUGGCCCUCGGGUCCCAAACAUGCACCCCGCCCGACGGUGUCGGAAGGACGCCGAACAUGGCACCCGGACUCGGAGCGCCAUCAAGAACCAACACGGGGCUUGACACGCCUGCUCUCACUCCGAUUACCACUGUCGGCCCCCCGUCUCCUCCUGCCAAAAUCCAGGAACCCUCUUCUAUGGCCAAUGACGAAUGCAGUGAAAUGGACCGCCCAAAUCAGUCAGUAAUGUCCAUCUCCAACAUUGUGGCGUCUUCUGAAGGCAACCGUACGCGCAUCCCUGGAACCAACGAGGUCGCAGUGGAGCCGACAGACCUUGAAGACAUGAUUGUCUUUGACGAUCAAUCACCGAUGCGGGAGACCGCAGUUGGCAGACUGCCAGGCGCUGGCACCCCCAUCAAUCCUCAGGGCCAUCCAGUGAGCGAUACCACCGCCUUCAAGCUCGCCAGAGUCAGAAAGGCCACUCUAUCACCUAGCCAUACUGGGCUCGACGCAUUCCAGACAACCUUGAGGAUGUUCAACGCCCCCAGUGCGGCGUCCGGAGCCGGAUGUCCAAAUGCGGCAGAACAAGAAUAUGUCUUCCGGCCGCCUCCGCAGUAUGAGAUCGCUGAGCUAAAGGAAGAGAUCGAUGGCAAUUGGGAGCCCGAAGACGACACGGACGGAACAUCCGAGACACAGCUAAAGACCAUCGAUUCGCACCGUAAAUAUCUGAUCGACAAGUCAACAUCGCCCGCAGUGGAGAUCUUGGAGCAACAGUCUAGAAACCUGAUUGGGAAGCCCUGCUCCCCCCUUAAGGUUACACGUCAUAGAUAUGGGACAGGGAGUAGGGUGGAGGUACAAUCGCGGAAUAUGGAGCUCACACACGUCCAUUGGCAGCCCGCUCUCAACGAUGGAUGGUUCAAGUUCCACGCUGCAAUGCUGCCGCAGGCCAAAGAGCUCUUGGGAACCGGAUACCAGUUGAGGCCACACUUGUUAUAUCUCAGGGGCACGGCAUACAGAUGCCCAGAUGAUGCUGUGGGCGUGGUUGUUGCUGUGAUUGCCCAGUACAAAGACCAUGAGACUGAUAGCAGGAGCCCCCGAGACACGUCAGUGCGGUUUUUCCGCCGGAAACCUGGGGACAGGAAGUCAGAGACAGUCGCAUGUCUCAAAUGGCCAAUAGCUAUGAUUAUGGACCAGGACGUUGCCGUGCACUCUCUCGGCGGCCCGGUCCUCCUCCUCCUCGCGCCUAUUCACAAGGCUUGUACGUGAGUGCUACCCGCUGCAUCAUCUGGAGGGUUGCUUGGAGAGGCAUCUCAAAAAUAGCACAUGUCGACCUUGAGUCGAUUUCAGGAACUCGUCAUAGGUUUCGGUCGUAGCUGUCCAGUAAGUGUAUACCAUACAAUAAUUGCAAUUGAUCUAUGCCCUGCUUCCUCCCUC